GAUCACCACACACCGAUUGAAUUAAAGUCAAGAUGGCGACCGAGGGCGAAUACGAGUCGAUCCUGUGUGUGAAACCUGACGUCAACGUUUACCGAAUCCCGCCGCGGGCAUCGAACCGGGGAGUCAGGGCUGCGGAUUGGAAGCUGGACGCCCCUGAUUGGACAGGCCGUAUGAGAGUGACGGCUCGGGGAAAAGUGGCUUUCAUCAAACUGGAGGACAAGAUCUCUGGGGAGCUGUUUGCACAGGCACCAGUGGACGAGUACCCUGGUAUUGCCAUAGAAACCGUCAGUGACUCCAGUCGGUACUUUGUGCUUCGGAUCCAGGAUGAGAGUGGUCGCAGUGCGUUCAUAGGCAUCGGGUUCGGGGACAGAGGAGACUCGUUUGACUUCAACGUGGCGCUGCAGGACCACUUUAAGUGGGUGAAACAGGAGCUUGAGAUCAGUAAGCAGUCUCAGACUCCAGACAACACUCCUAAACUGGACCUGGGUUUCAAAGAAGGACAGACCAUCACUCUCAAUAUCGGGCAAGGCAGAAAGAGAGACAAGUCCCGCCCCCAGAGCGCUGGUGGCUUUGGGCUCCUCCCUCCUCCCCCUGGCGGUGGAGGCACCAAGAUAGCCCCUCCCCCUAUGUCAAGCUCCUCCAAUGACAACGAAGGUUUAUUCUCAGGGGGAGACUUAUUCUCUGCGGGAAGUGACUCGUUUUCAGGGGGAAGUGACACAUUUUCAGGAGGAAACAACACAUACUCAGCAGGAAGUGACAUGCUCUCAGGGGGAAGUAACACAGGCUGUUUGUUAGACCUGGACAGCAGUAACUCCAACUCUGUGGUGCAGCCGAACCCCAACCCUGCAGGCGGCUCGGACAUGUGGGGAGACUUCUCUGCCCCAGAAAAGUCAAUGUCUCCUCUCGCCAACGAUGAUGGCUCCACCAACUGGCAGCAGUUCUGAGGCCGUCCCACAAUCCCUUUCACUUGACCUUCACCUGACCUUUAACCCCUGAC